CACGGGAUCAUGUUUCAUUACCAUAGAUCACGUGCUGUGGGCUUUAUUUGUAGUGUACCUGUGCGGUGUCUUAUCAUACCUGUUGGAAAUAAGAAACACCAGUGAUGUCUGCGCCGGGAUAUCCACAGCAGGUACAGGCCCCUGUCCCGGGACAGGUCCCAAUGGACUACAACCAGCCGCCGCCUCCGCCCCCACCAAUGGGUACCACCGUUGUAGUGUCGCAGCCCGGGGCGAUUGUAGUGGCCGGGCAGCGGCAGUUUACAAGUCACGAACCCGUCCAAGUCACGUGUUCCACCUGCCAGCAACUCGUCCAGACCAGGGUGGAUUACGAGAUCGGCCUGAUGACCUGGGUAGCCAUGGGCGGCCUCUGCCUCAUCGGCUGUGAUCUCGGAUGCUGCUUGAUCCCGCUGUGUGUCAAACAGCUGAAGGACGCUCGGCACAGCUGCCCGAACUGCAACACCCACCUGGGCAGCCACCAACUCUUGAAGUAAAGAGCUGAGACACCUGGGCACCGACAAACGCUUAUACGAAAACCCCACGACACCUGGCACCUGAUACCUGACAUCUGAUACAGCACACCGGAUACACUACACUUGCCAUGCCGCACCUGCCACACAACACCUGUCACAACAUACAUGAAACACUAAAUUUGACACACAAACCCUGAGACACCACACCUGAAACACCAGACCUGUCACACACCUGUCACACGCACACCACAGAUAAGGAAGUCCUUAAGUUUUUUCUACUGUACGCGUGUUCUUAGUUUUGACACUGUCUUAGAAUACCGGACGUGUUUCCAUCUGAAAGAGGUUUUCAUUAAAUAUAACUAACUACUGUGCAGUCUACGGAAUUGUAUGCGUGAACAUUGUAUCUGUGGUUUCAUUUACAUACAACACUUCAACAGUGCCACUGACAAUGUCAAUGGGUAUCGAGCUUAAAGUUACCAAGCAACGAUACUUUAGGGUGAUUACAAUAUCCAUUGUAAGAUGUUUGUUACUCUAUCUCUACAAACCUGAUGCCAUACAUCAAUAUGACCACAAUGAAGUUCCAAACUUUUUGCGUUUGGUUUAGAUUAUUUAGUUUUAUAUAUCGGAGUUGAAGCAUAAUUCCAACACCGUCAAAGCAUGCCAUUGCUCAAAAUAUUUUUUUUGCCCUUUGGACAUUUUGAGUGAAGUUACCUAGCUAUUCCUUCCAUUUUAGUCUGUCGUGAUAAACUAUACUUAAUUUCUGUGUGUUCAUUAACUGUAAGUAUAUCUAUGUACACUGCUGAACUUAAUACUGCCUCUCAAACUUAAUAGAAUGUACGAUAUUACAGAUUGUAAAUACCUUUC